CUCUCCAAAAUGGUGGAUAGUCUAUUGAGUAUGGACAUCUACGAGAGUUUCAACUUGUACUCACACCCAGAAAAAUUCUUCUUAGAACCAACCGAUCUCGGCGGUGGUGCUGCGUCGAAACAUUAUCUCGAAAUCGAUAGACACACAAAUGUGAUGAAAAUUAUUGAUUCACGCAAGCAGCGAGUUCCAAUUGCUGAUACGGACAUCAAGUUUAUUUAUGGGAUUUUGGGAACAAUUAAACUAGUCUCAGGAUAUGCUUUGAUCGUAAUAACAAAGGCUUCUUUGAUCGGACAAGUUAAUAAUCACAACAUCUGGACUAUUCAAGAUGCCGAGAUUAUUCCUUACAAGAAAACAACACUUCACUUGACUGAGAAACAAAUUAGAUAUAAUAGAUUAUUCACUGAUAUGCUCACUCAUGUGCUGUCUAUUGGCGGAUUCUACUACUCGACGACUCUUGACAUCUCACGCACAUUUCAAUGGCUUCAGGAGAACGCUGUUCCUUUGUUCAAAACAAGAAGUAUGUUGGACAGAGCCAGCGAACGUUUCAUAUGGAAUGGACAUCUACUGUCACAGAUCCGGCAGGUCCCUGGUGCAGAAAGAUACACAUUGCCCGUUAUUCAUGGUUUUAUUGGCCAGAAUCGUGUGAAUGUGAAUGGAAAAGAGAUUAAAUUGACUAUCAUAUCCAGAAGAAGCAUUUAUCGUGCUGGCGUCCGUUUCUAUAAACGUGGAGUCGACGUAGAUGGUCAUGCAGCAAACUUUGUUGAAACAGAACAAAUCGUUGAAUACACGAAUCCUGACAAGCACCUGACUUCGUUUGUGCAAUUGAGAGGUUCUAUUCCUCUUCUCUGGACUCAAAAACCAAAUCUACGUUGGCAACCGAUGCCUACACUGAAACCAACAGAUGACCAGCUUGCUGCUUUCAAUCGAGCUUUUUCGUGGCACAAGCAACACUAUGGUGGUAAACAUGUGAUUGUAAAUCUUGUAAAUCAAAAAGGAAGAGAGAAAAAAGUUGGAGGAGAACUGGAGAGAAUAUCACGACAAGCAAAUAUCGAAUUUGUUCGUUACCAUCAAUUUGAUUUUCACAAAGAAUGUCAUUCUAUGCAAUGGCACCGAAUUGAUUUGUUGCGGGAGCAGUUAAGCCAAGAAAUUUCGAGUUUUGGAUAUUUUUACUUGUCCCCGAAUAGUAUGGAAACAAGUCGAUUCCAACGUGGAUUUUUCCGUACGAAUUGCAUGGAUUGUCUAGAUCGUACCAAUGUGGUUCAGUCGAUGUUGGCACGUGAAUCACUCACCGAACAACUUCGAAUGCUUGGAAUUUUAUAUUCAGAGCAGAAAGUUCAAGAUAUUCCACUUCUUGAAGAUGCAUUCAAACAAAUGUGGGCAGAUAAUGGUGAUGAAUGUAGUCGUCAAUAUGCUGGAACAGGCGCAUUGAAAGCAGAUUUCACUCGUCACGGAAGACGGACAUAUGUUGGAGCAAUGAAAGACGGUGUCAAUGCAGUGUCCCGUUACGUACGAAAUAAUUUUGGAGAUGGAUACCGUCAAGAUUCAAUUGAUCUCUUCCUUGGUAACUUCCUAGUCGAUUCGUCAGAUCUUCCUGUUUCGCUGGAAUCUUCGAUUCUAUCAACGGAUCAGAAUGGUCUUGCCCUUAUUGCCGCGUUGUUUGCCAUGUCAAUGACAAUUCUUUGUCUUUUGGUUGCAGACAACUUCACCGCAACAAUCUUCUGGAUGGUCAUUUUCUUUGUCUGUAUGAUGUUCAUAUUUUUGAACGGCGAAGAAUUUGUAAAUGCUCCGAAGCUCAAACUGGACUAAUGCCAUAUCUGUCCGAAAACCGUUCAUUCCUACAAUCAAAGUUGCACCCCUUUUUUGUGUAUUUAUUUUUUCGCGUUGUAGAAAGAGAGAGUUUAUUUAUUGUAGAUGAAGUUUGUACUAAC